AUGUUCAGACCGUCUCUUCGUUCAUCACUAAGGUCGCUUCACCGCACCGCACCUUCAACGUUGUUGGCGAGCAGGCUAGUGGCCUACAGAUGCAUCUCAGACGACGUUAGAGCGAAACUGCAGAGUGCUGUCAAAGCAAGCCCCGUUGUACUCUUCAUGAAAGGCACACCGGCGGAACCGCAAUGCGGUUUUUCCCGUGCAGUGGUGCAGAUUCUCGACCUUCACGGAGUGCCGGCUGAAAAGAUGCAGACUUACAAUGUCCUUGCGGAUCAGGAACUGAGGAGUAGUAUCAAGGAAUUCUCGGAAUGGCCCACAGUCCCCCAGGUCUAUGUGAACGGUGAAUUCAUCGGCGGAUGCGAUAUUCUGAUUGGAAUGCAUCAAUCCGGAGAGCUAGAAACUUUGCUGGAGAACAACGGCGUGAUCCCCAAAAUUGAGGAUUCUGCCUCAUCGGAAGCUGAGGCACCGGCAUCAGAGAAGGCUACGUCCUAA